AACACGUUUGAUAAGAAAUGUACUCACUGCCUUGUGUUUGAAACUGUAACCUUGACAAUUUUUUUAAAAAGCAUAGGAAUUUUAUUAAGAUAACAAAUUAACAGAUGAACAGUGAGAUUAUAAAUUGAAUUUUCAUUCUCUACCAAAAUGACUUUUAAGAUAAGCACAUUUAAUUGCAGAUUUGCCCUAAAGCAAGAAGAAGAAGAGAGAAGAAAUAUUGAUGGGCUUUAUGAAAAAAUUAAAGAACAGUUAAGAGAUAAAGAAGAGCAAUAUAACAAUGUAGUUAAAAUGAGACAAACACUUGGUGUCUCUGUUAGGACACUGAGUGAGGAACUGAAAACUGUAAAAAAUGAUUUGAGUCAGGCUUUACAGGAACGAAAUGAUACCCUGAGAAAGCUUUCUGAAGAACAAAGUGCCAGAAUAUUACAAGAUGAAAUUCUGGAAAAUCAUCUUUCCAAGCAAAAGGAAAUGGAGAUAUCAAAAGCUAAAAUGAGUUCUGAGAAUAGUGGUCUUGUAGAAAAAAUGGAAGUUGAGUCUUCAAAAUAUGGACAUUUACAUCAAGAAAAUGAACUUCUCCGGCAUGAGUUGCUGUCUAUGACCAAUGUCCAAAAGAAAUGUGGCACACUUGAGAAGGAUAAAAAGAAGUUAGAAGAAGAAAUUGUAAAGCUCAAGAGUCACAUGGCAAAGAAUAUGUUAGAGCUUAGUCAAAUGGAACAAUACAAGCAGAUGAUUGAAGAUGGAACGAAACAGGAGUUAGAGGAGAAACUGACAGAAGUCAAUCUGUUUUUGCAGGUUAAUUUAUAAUAUACUUAACAUUUUUAGUCAAUUUAUGCUUU